CGGACGGAUUGGUUGCUGUCGGUUGUCAGUACGGUUACCGGCGUGGCGUUUUUGUUUCUUUCAAGUUUGCACCGUUGUUGGUUGGCAGUGUGUUGUGUAUUGUUGUUACUUUUGGGGUUCGGUGUUGUUUGCUCUGGUCGAGCAUUCAAGUGUGGAAAGUAUCAAUAAAAAAACUAAGGCUACAUGCGAAGUUUUUGUUAUGACCACCACGGUAUGGUUUUGAACUUGACUUGGCUCUAGAGUGUAGCCUUAGUAGAAUCAGCUGAGUCGGCUACUUGUUGUGUGUAGGGUGUCAAGUUCACGAAACAGUUGGAUGUUGGUGGAUGCGUUGGGAGCUCAAAGCAUUGUCGUUAAGUGGUGAAUUUUUUUUUGCGUAUGUUGCACAUUCUGUAAUGGAUCGAGGCGACAGACUUGUGCGAGGUUAUCGAUGAGUCAGGUUAAACAAUUUGAAGAAGAGUUCGAGGUGGUGUAUCAAUCACGACGUUCGUUGAGGUGCAUAGAUAACAAUUUUGAUCGAGCGCAUUGGUAUCGUUACCGAAGCAGUUUACCAAUCGAUAAUUGUAUGCAAAUGUGAUUAAUGUUAAUUUGGUGUGAUUAUGGGGGCAGUUGAUGUUUAAAAUUACCACCCAAAGCAGUAAGACAUCACGCGAAUUCAAGGUAGUAGGAGUGAUGUUAUGUGAUCAUCCGCAGAGAGUGAAUUGUCUCUUGCAGAAGAAAUGCCAAUAUUGUUAAAUUGUUGAACAGCGAAAAAAUAAUGUGCGGAUACCUUGAGAAAAUUGCAGCAACACACGUAUGAAAGGCGGUUGUUUGCAUCGAGCAACUUCGAAGGCAAAAAGAAAGAGAAGAAAUAAUUAUCUUGAAUGAAAAUUUCGGAUGAAAUCGAUCCAUUUGCAUGUGAUGUGUGAGUGCGUUGCUGAUAAUUAACCGUAAGUUUGGAUGGUACAGAAAUUGAUCGAAACCUGCUGACGAAGCUGUGUGGUGGUGGAAGCGAUCUUUCGGAUGCCAGUUGCAGCACAAUCUCUAUCUCUCCUCACCUCGGUGCCAAAUCGAAGACCACAGAAAUAGGAAGAAACAGCAGCAACAGGAAAAAGAAAAAGUACGAAAACCAACAAAAAAGUGAGCUUUUUGAAUAUUCAAACUCCCCCACCAAGUGAUGAGCGAUAAGAUUUGCCAUCGUUCACGCCGGUUAUGAAUACGGAAUGAAUAUGUUUGCCCGGCCGAAAAUUUUUUAAAGUGAAAUCGAUUGAUGAUUCGUGUGUUUUUUUUUGUGUUUGGCUGUGCCGGUUUUCCCCGCAACGGUGAACAUCGCACCAAAGUUGAAACCUCAAAGUGAGAGUAAAACAUUGGUAACCGAUACGUCGAGACGACGAAGGAUCUGAGUGCAGAAAUAAAAAAAAACGAACUUUCAAGGAAGCCCUACUGACGACGACGACGACGACGACGACGACGAAGACCACGGUGAGGACAGCCAGCACCAGCGCCAGCACCGGCGCCGCACUACUGCCCUGCUGGUUGGCGGUCUGGCGAUUGUAGAGCGAGUCGCGAAUUCUAGGCGAACGACGCAAACGAGGUGGAAAAAUUUCCUCUUCACGCAGUCAAGUCUCCACCAAAGCGUGAAUUGCUUUGGCUUUGCAGCGGUGGUGAGGCAGAGCUGGCUUUUGGACGGUGUGUGCGCUGGUUUUUAAGGUCCAUUUGAUGAGGGCCUAAGCAAAUGGAACGUAGCAACAGCAGCAGCAGCACCAGCAGUAGCCAAGCUGGCCUUUGUGGUAGCGGUAGCAGUAGCAGCAACAGUUAAAGUUGCGAGCAUGAAUAUGAUCUUGAAGCCAUGCAUAAAUUGUUUAUUCAACUCAUCAGCCUCAACACCUAUCGCAGACAGUCGUCAGUUCGUUUGUCUUCACAUUAGCAAGCGUGCUAAGGAUUUCUGAGUGAACCAACGAUUCGCGGCUCGGCACAUUCAAAUAAUAUGCGGUGGUUCAAGCGAUCCGCCGAUUCUCCGAAACUGCUCAGUUUGUCGCCCCUGCGACAUUCCGAGCUGGGCAAUGCCUACAACGGCGGUGGUGGUGGUGGAGGUGUUGCUAGUGGAUCAAGUUCCGCACCAGGAGAACCCCAUGAAGAGUCAAGCGCUGACGGUGACACAACUGACCAAUCGGUACCACCACCGGCCAACGAAGACCCACCGAUGGCACUGCCAGGACCGUUGAUGGAUCUGUUCGCUUCGUCGUCAGCGUGUUCCAGCUCGUCCAGCGGGUCGACGACGUACAGCGCCAGUUGCAGUUCCCCGUCGGCCACCUCGUCACCAUCUACCUCAACUACCUUCUCCUAUACCAGUGAUAGCAGUAGUCUGUGUACUGGUGCGAGGGUACAGCAGCAACAGCAGCAAGGAAGGCUCGCGACGCCUGCAAGUGGUAGUGGUGGAUGUGGAACUGCUGGUAUCAAUGGAUCUACGCCCCGAAAGUCGCGAAUAGAUUUAUCGCCUGUGAACUGGACCAAGAAGUCGUCCAUCAACUGCUACAACAUCGAGGAGGGUCGUGUUAUCGAGAGGCCCAAAGGUCGCUACAUUUCGCCAAUUCGAAUCAAAAACAAGCAACAAGCGCUUGCGCAAGGCAUUGCUGGAUCGGGAGGGGCUAGUACGCCUGUUAGUCGAAGGAUUCUUCAACGAGACAAGGGGUCCGUGGAUGGUGGAGGCUCGGUGGUGGAUGGCAGUUUAGCUAAAUGCUUAAGUAAAUCGAUUGGUAAUAUUAGUGCUUCGAUAGGAGACAAAAGUCCUUCACUGAGCCAUCGGUCGAUCGUGUAUCGAGAAAAGGAGAAAAAGAAUCCUUUGGGCAGCACUCGGUUAUCCUGCUACCAAACUAUCAACUUCGAGUCAAGUGAGAACGUGAGUAAAAGUCAACUGUACAAGUCAGUUGAUGAUUUAAUCUUUCUCAAUGGAUCCAAUGCGGCGGACGAUUGUGAAACGGACUUUUCCUACGAUAGUGCAGUGAACAAAGAGCGAAGUCUGUUCAACGUCAGCGCCACUCCCAACCACCUAAACCAAAGUCUUAUCAAUAGUAGCGUUAGUAGUAAAAGUUACAACAGCCGAACAGCAUCAACCACAGAGCAGCAGCAGCACUUAUCAGCAGUGGUCGGAGUAGUAGCUGAUGAACCAAAGAACGAGCUGUCGAACAUGGCUGGUAACCGGAGCGAUCACGACGAAACCUACGGGUUCUCCCAAAUGAAGGAAACCUCGUUUGAAACCAUGUAUAGGCUCAAGUUAAAUGCACUAAAACACGAAGAACAGAAAACGCCCUCCAAAAAGAAGGACAAUUUUACCAACAAAAUCAAAGCUAUGUCCGACCGAACGCAGAAACUGUUCUCGAAAAUCUACUCCAACUCAUCCUACAAAACCAACAGCACAGGUGAAAACAACUUCCACUCAGGCCAUUCCAAGUCGCUCAAAAAAUCUCCAUCGAAAGUAUCUAACAACCGACGGAGCGUUAGCUACGGCGCCCUCCCCGGACUGGCAGAUUUCCAGAAAGACAUAGAAAAAUCUCCACACGAUCCCAAACUAACAGACGAUGACCUAAAUGGCACCGUCAUCCACUUAGCUCCUCCCACCAAUCGACACGACGCGGAAGACUGCGAUUCGGGAAUUCUGGUAAACGAAUCCGGUGCUUCUUCGAUCCUGGAAACAGAAGACGUAUUCCUUCCGAGCAUUCCUUCCAAAGUGAUGAACAACAACACGGAAAAUACCGAAUUCAAACUGGUAACGAUCAAACUGGACGAAUGCAGCGAAGAAGCCGAGAACCUCGGCAUCAUUGUAAGUCCUAUGAAUAACGGCGACGGUGAGGUCAGCAAUCGGUACAAGGUAGCCCAUGUGCUACCGGGAGGCUUGGUGUACACGGAAGGCACCGUUCAACCAAACGACGAGAUCGUCAACAUCCUUGGCAAACGAUUGCGGGGCCUCUCGAUGCGACAGGUUCAGGACCUGCUGAAUGGGUGCACUCGGCGGGGCAGCGGCCGUACCAGUAUCGAUCUUGUCAUUUGUAGGAGUAAAGUAAAUGAUACUGAUCUGGACCAACUGCAACAACAACCACCGCCAGUGAACCGACGGUUGUUUCGGAACAAUCGGAUGAUUUCACUGGAUUCCUACUUGGAUCAGGAGGAGAAGCCGCAUGUACAACAGCAUCUUCAUCACCAUAUCGACGAACAACAACACAGCGAUGCGAGCUCCGAUCAUGAUAACUACGCUUCGAUAGCUAUCAAAAUCGACGGCAGCAAGUACAACACCCUUGGAACACCUCGCCGCCAGAAGAGUCUUUCGAUGGCAGCGGCCAACAAACGUCCUCAGUCACCGUCUCCUCCCUGCGACAUGCCCAGCAUUGAGGUAGACUCACAGCCACCCUCAUUGGACUGCGUAAAGCGAAGAUCCUUCACGAAAAACACCACCAACAGCAGCAGUGCGACAAAUUCCACCAAACUCAUCCGGAGAUCGCUCGUUGGCAAACAGUCACCAACGUUCAACGGGGAUCAAGUUACGAAGAGUACCAUGAAUCUCUGCGAUGACGAGAAGUUGGAACUCGGUGGAACAUCCGACGAUGCCGAAACAAGCAGUGGAACAGGUUCCCUCGAUAUGGACAAAAGCAUGACCAAUUUCUGUACCCUCCCGCGGAGGCCAAAGAGCUCGCUGUGCACAUUCCACACGGUAACCUUCGAAAAAGGGCCCGGGAAGAAAUCACUUGGGUUCACGAUAGUCGGUGGACGGGAUAGCCCGAGGGGAGCCUUGGGCAUUUUCAUCAAAAGCAUUCUACCUACGGGCCAGGCCGCCGAAGACGGGCGACUCAAAGCGGGUGACGAAGUGCUGGCAGUCAAUGGGCAAGUCUGCCACGAUCUGACCCAUCUGGAAGCGGUCAAAAUGUUCAAGAGCAUCAAAACAGGCGAAAUUGUUCUUCAACUGUGCCGAAGGAGUAAGGUGCAUCGCGGAGAACAGUCCGGAGCACAGUGCUGAAGUAGUCCAAAAGUGACAUUUUAUAAUAAAUCUUUGUUUUAAAAGGCUGUGUAGGAAUUUGUAAGGGGUAAAUAUAUGAUUGUGCAAUUUAUUUCGAAACAGAACAUAAUAUCGACAAACUGUAGAAAAAAAACUACUUAUUGAGAAGAGACUUAUUAGAAUAGAUGACGUCGGGAAAGGUCAAGCCGAAUGAACAAAUGAAUUGUCUCGAAUAGAAGCAGUUUCCUAAUUGGAAAUAUAUACCUACCGGAAUGAAUGUAAUUUAUGUACCGACAUGAAUCCUAAAAUAUAUUAUACCAUAAUGAA